UUUAUCAUCUUUCUUGUCAUAAUAAAAUUACAAUUAUGGAAAAACCUCUUCUAAUUUUUGUAGUUUUAAUUCUAAGUUUAAUUAUAAUUUCAAGUUCAGCUACUAAUUACAUUGUGGGUGAUAGUUCUGGCUGGGAUAUUAGUACUGAUCUUGAUACAUGGUUAGUAGGAAAGAGAUUCAAGAUUGGAGAUGUACUCGUGUUUCAAUAUUCAUCAUCCCAUAGUGUAUCUGAGGUAACAAAGGCGAAUUUCGAGGGGUGCAACACGAACAGCGUGUUAGAUUCGAGCAAAACUGGCAACACGUCUUUCCCCUUGACAACGCGAGGGGACAGAUACUAUGUUUGUGGCAAUAGAUUGCAUUGCCUUGGAGGAAUGAAACUUCAUGUAAAUGUAGACGAUGAAAAUAAUGCUGCAGCAGAAUCUCCUGCCGCCGCUGCACCAGACGGAGGAGGGGGCUCGUUUUCGCCUUCUUCAAAGAGCAAAAAUCCAUCAUAUGUUCCUAGUUUUGCUUUGUGUAAUGUUCAUGUUGGAUUGGAUUCUAUAGUACUUGUACUUCUUGGUUACUUGUGUUUAGCAUUUUCACUGCUGUAAAUUUGAAAGUUGAUAGUAAAAAGUGCACCUAUAUUAUCCAGAAUGUUUUCG